AUGGCGGCCAAAUACGUGGUCAGAGAGAUGAAGAGCAAGGGCGAGAUGGAUGCCAUCAUGGAUGUCAUUUGGGCGGCGAACUAUGACCCGUACGAUACAUACGCUCAACUGUUCUUUCCCGUCCUGGGAUACACGGCUUCUGCCCGCGAGGCCGCCAUCGCAGAAUCGAAAGACCGGUUCUGGGAGAACCACAACAGCACGCCCACGAGCAACUGGUUUUACGUCGAGGACACCACGAAUGGACGAGUGGUCGGGUGUGCACAGUGGGAAAUCCACACUCAGAACCCCUUCAAAGCGGGAGCGCCCACACUGCGAGCACCAUGGUGGCCCGAAGGCGAGUACCGGGACUUCUGCGAGGAGAUCAUCAGGCAGGUGUACACGCCUCGGACGCACUGGAUGCGGCGGCCUCACUUGGCACUCAAUUGGAUGGCGGUGCUGCCAGCAUAUCGGGGGAAGGACAUCGGCUCACUUUUGAUGAGCAUAGGAACGUCGCGUGCGGACGCGCUCGGCGUGGAGUGCUGGAUGGAAGCUUCGGGAAUGGGGAAGAAGCUGUACGAGAAGCAUGGCUUUCGCUCGCUGUUCAAGAUGCAGUUCGACAUGGAGAGGAAAGAUGCGAGCGAUGUGUGGAGGAAGUGCAUGCACGAGCUGACCCCGACUCCCGUCUAUCCAAUGUGGCGGCCGAAGCACGGAAUCUGGGAGUUGGAGGGAGAUUCGAUUCAGUUUCCCUGGGAGCGUGGUGCUGCCUGA